CCGGACUUUUUUUGUUAGCCAAGAUUUCGGCAUCAGGAAACCACCCAGAUUAACAACGACAAAAUGAUCAAGGCAGUGAAACCAAAGAAUGCUCGCGCCAAGCGCGCAAUGGCAAAGCGCGAACCGCAACAGAACGAGAACCCCAAGACCACGCUCUUCGUCUCUGGCCAGAAGACUUCUCAGAUCCUCAAGCUCGCCGUCGCCGAUAUCUGCACCAUCAAGCGACCCUUUAUCGAGCGUUUCACCAAGAAGAACGACAUCCACCCCUUCGAUGAUGCUUCUUCGCUCGAGUUCUUCUCCCAGAAGAACGACACCUCGCUCCUCGUCCUGUCUCUACACUCGAAGAAGCGACCGCACUGCUUGACGUUGGCACGAACAUUUUCAUACAAGAUGUUGGAUAUGCUAGAGUUGUACAUCAACGCAGAGACCUUCCGCACGCUUCAGCAAUUCAAGAACAAGAAGCCGUCAAUCGGCCUGAAGCCACUAAUCAGCUUCCACGGCACCGUCUUCGAAGACCCCAACCAGACAAAGUACACCCUAGCAAAGAGCUUGUUUAUCGACCUGUUCAAGGGCCAGGAUGCGACCGAAGUCGACGUCGAAGGCCUCCAGUACCUCAUCUCCAUCUCCGCCGAAGAACCCACCGACGCGCUCCCCAACCCGCAAAUAAAACUCCGCUUCUACCUCCUCCGCACCAAGCGCUCAGGCCAAAAGCUGCCGCGCAUCGAAGUCGAGGAAAUGGGCCCGCGCAUGGACUUUGCGCUCGGCCGCGAGAUGUUCCCUGAUCCGGAUAUGCUGAAGGAAUCGCUCAAGAAGCCCAAGGGUGCUGAGCCGCGGACCAAGAAGAACAUUGACACUGACAUCAUGGGUGACAAGACGGGUAAGAUCCAUGUUGGCAAGCAAGACUUUGCCAAUCUGCAGACUAGGAAGAUGAAGGGUCUUAAGCGAGGAAGGAACGAGGACGAGGACGAGGAAGUUGGUGUUGAGGAUACGGCAAGUGAAGGCGACGAUGAGGAGAAGACGCCCAAAAAGGUUAGGGUAUGAAAUGUAACAAGGCACAAGAUGUAAUUGCAUGGGUGGCGUUAAAGGCACUUCCGGCGUUCAAAUGUUGGGCGAGACUAUACCAUUCUGCACGUUUGUAGCAAGUCAUAGGCGUCUCAAAAGUCGAGUUGUUCAGAGCAACGCUCAUAGUCUAUACGUCUCCUGCUGUGUCUACCGUCUAUUCAUCAUCGGGUUCGUCAGCUAGUAACCACUUCGCCCGACACUUUACCGCUGCACUCCUGACCUCUCUCUUCCCAUCAUCUAACGCAGCAAUAAGUCUCCUCAC